GUGUAUGCAGUGCAUCCUCUUACAUUCUUUGAGAAUUACGAGUCUCACGUAAGUCGGACGUGUAGAGCCAGUCACAAGGGUCGUUCGGGAGUGUAAUAUAAACCUGCACCCGAGUGCCACGAACCGCGGAAAUAAUAUAAACAUUUAUACUAUGCAAAUUCUUCUGCCUGACCUCGCCACACCUUGAUUUAAGGAGUCUGUUCCACUUUUCGACGUGUGCAUCGCUGUUUAUGAAUCGAUUAAAAUGUCAAUAAACGGAGUUCGAAUUAUGGAAAUUACAAGCUUUGUAUGCGUCAUCUCUUUAUUGAUUCUUCAUUGUUCAGCUUCAGCAUAUGAUGAUGGGAAAUAUCACCCUAAAAAAUACAAUAUAUACGAUGACGGAAUGUACUACCGACCACUAGAUGAAGGAAAGUAUAUUCCUGGAGAUGAAGGAAAAUACACUUAUGUUUAUAUCCAAGGAUUGUAUCCAGAUUAUCCAUAUGUUCACCAAGAAGGUCCUAAUGGUGGUUUCUGGCGAGGUGGCGAUAGGAAGCACAGUGGUGAUUUUGGUAACGAUGAAGGAUCAGGCGAAGAUGUUAUUAAUGGACAAAGUGCGCCGGAAAAACCAGGUAAAAUUGAAUAUAUCGGUCGCAAGGUAUAUGCUGAAAGAUUCCCGUACGUCCACAAUGUGAUCAAGGCCUUGAUAAAUCAAUAUGUCUCCCAGGACAGUCUUUUUGGAGAAGAAUCAGAAGGAAGUGCCAACCAUUAUUCGAAAGUGUUCGGCGACAAAGAGACUGUAAUGAAAUGCCGAUAUUUAAAUAGCAAAAGUGAUAAUGGGAAAGAGGAAUUCACAACUCAAUAUCCACCUCGGCCUGCUUCUGAUGAUGGUAAAACUUCAGGGUCUUACUACAGUUUUAAAGGGACCAAAGUUCUUGACAGGAACACAAAUAGUGCUAACAUGAAGACUACCCUCAAGUUAGAAUACGAAGUGUUCGUGAGGGUAGUGGAUGAAGUUACUAACCAAUAAAACUAAUAUAAAUUAACAUUUUGUGUACACUAUUGGACUGAUUAUCUGUAAAAUAACUAUUGUAAUUAAAUUAUAUAAAUAAAUGUGGUA